ACGAUGGGACCCAAAGAUUAGAACUACCAGUGUCACAAGCGACAGAGAAAUUCUGUGGUGGUGAACCAAUACCAAUCUACAAGAAGGUAGGGCCGGACCUAAAUUUACAGGGGUAAAGCAGAUUUAAAAAAAUUAUAAAAAAUAAAUAAAUAAACAUCUAAAUAAUUUAUCCAAAACAAUGAAAUAAUUGUUUGCAUUCAACUGGGCCAAUCAUACUUCUCCAUGUAUAUAACAAGAAAAUCAAUAAUUUAAUUCACAUGCUGCACUGCACUGCACUGCACUCAUCUUCUCCUGCCACCACACACUUCGCCCCUCUCUACUAUUCCUGCUAAAUGGAUGAUUCCCAAACCCCUCACCAUCUCACUGGCCGCCCCGUCGCCGGCACUGAGCAUAGCUGGUGCAGCGUCGUUCCUGGCGGCACUGGCAUCACCAUCCUCCUCCUCCGCCUCUCCCGGCCAAUCUCCCUGUUCUCCUUGCCGCCGCUAUCACCGAUCUCCUCAACUCCCACCCCCUCCUCCGCGCCCGGCUCACUCGAACCAACCCAAACGAACACUUCUUCUUCUCCAUCCCUCCCCUUUGCGACCCCAUCAUCGAAACCCUAUCCCUAUCUCCCAGUCCCCCCCUUCCUCUCCGCCCUCGAUCUCGAACUGAACCGAAACCCUUGGACCGAUACUCCCGAACCGAACCAAAUCCCGGUUUUCUUCACAACGAUCUAUGAGAACCAACCCGAUCCUGGUCCAUCCCUUAUCGUUUUGCGAUUCCACACCUCCGUCUGCGACCGCACGGCGGCGGUGGCGAUCCUGAAGGAGUUGAUGGCGCUUCUGGCCGGCGGAGGAGGGGGAGGGGAAGAGGGGCAAUCAAGGAAUGGGGAGAACGGAGUCAAUUUGGGAAUUGAAGAUUUGAUUCCCAAAAAGGACUCGUGGAAGCCGUUUUGGGCUCGAGGAAAAGAUCUGAUUGGAUAUUCGCUAAAUGGGUUGAGAACUCAUUGCUUGAGCUUUCAGGAUACGGACUCGGCCCGGUCUUCGGAGGUUGUGCGCUUGGUCGUUGACCAGGAUGAGACUAAUAGGAUACUCUCUGCAUGCAAAGAAAGGGGGAUAAAGUUAUUUUCAGUAAUAACAGCUGCAGUACUGAUUGCAACUGUUUCAUCCAAACUUCUUGAGAACAAUCAAGCAGAGACUUACUCAGUUGUCACUCUUGUUGAUUGCCGAAAAUAUUUAGAGCCUCCUCUACAUGAACACAAUGUUGGGUUCUACCAUUCGGCCAUUAUGAACACACACACCGUGCACGAAGGAGAAGACUGCUGGGAAGUGGCCAAGAGAUGUCACAAUGCCUUCACCAAUGCAACGAACAACAAGAAACACCUCACUGAUAUUGGUGAGUUGAAUUUUCUAAUGUGCAAGGCUAGUGAGAAUCCUCAGCUCACUCCAGCAUCCUCACUGCGCACCGCACUAAUCUCCAUCUGGGAAGAUCCAGUGAUCUAUGAGUCCUUUCCUGCGCAAGAACAGCUUGGUGUGGAGGACUACAUUGGAUGUGCAUCGGUUCACGGUGUCGGGCCAUCUAUUGCAGUUUUUGAUACAAUCCGAGAUGGGCAACUUGAUUGUGUAUUUGUGUAUCCUUCCCCUUUGCAUUCAAGAAGACAAAUGCAGGAUCUUGUUGAGCAUAUGAAGAAACUUCUUGUGCAUGAAGGUCAGACAGAAACUGAAGAACCUGGUGCUUGAGUUGGAAUUGGAACCUCUUCACACAUUGAAAUCACAAUGCAUGUCACUUUAAGGCAUCCAUUCAUUAUUGUGUGACUAUAAUGAGACUAUUCAUUUAAAAUUGAUUCAAGGAAAUUGUGAGCCAUUCUUAUUGA